AUGGGCUCCGUGCUGCCCGCCUCGUCCUCCUCAGGCCGGAAGUCGUCGUGCUCCGCCAGGCCUCACGCUGCCGGCGCGGGCUCUCUCUGUCCCCUCGGCCCCGCGGGUCCGCUUCUGUCAGAGGUGAUCACGUCGGACGUGGUGCACAGCUUCCUGUAUGGACGCUGGAGGCGCGUGCACGGGGAGCAGCAGUUGACACACGACGCGACGGCGAGCACGAGCCCCAAAACAGCCUUCACGGCCGAAGUGCUCGCUCAGUCUUUCUCUGGAGAGGUUCAAAAGUUGUCCAGCUUGGUUCUUCCCAGCGAGGUGAUCAUUGCGCAAAGUUCCAUUCCAGGAGAAGGUCUGGGAAUUUUCUCAAAGACUUGGAUCAAGGCUGGAACUGAAAUGGGUCCGUUUACUGGACGCCUCGUUUCUCCGGAACACAUCGACUUCUACAAGAACAACAAUCUCAUGUGGGAGGUGUUCAACAGUGAUGGCGGAGUGCGUUUCUUCGUGGAUGCAAGCCAGGAAGAGCAACGCAGUUGGAUGACGUAUAUCAAAUGCGCUCGUAAUGAGCAUGAGCAGAACCUUGAAGUUGUGCAGAUAGCCAACGCCAUUUUCUACAAGGCACUGCAGACUAUCCCUCCUGACCAGGAGCUACUAGUCUGGUAUGGAAAUUCCCAAAACACCUUCCUAGGAAUUCCUGGAAUUCCAGGAGGUGAUGACGAGCAGGCAAAGAAAAGCAAAAGUGAUGAUUUCCAUGUCUGCGACAGCUCAUCGUCAUCUUCCUCCUCGUCAUCGGGUUCAUCAGGUGGUCUGGGCCGCAUGCGCUGCGUCAUCUGCCACCGUGGCUUCAACUCUCGCAGCAACCUGCGCUCGCACAUGCGGAUCCAUACACUGGAUAAGCCAUUUGUCUGUCGCUUCUGCAAUCGUCGCUUCAGCCAGUCAUCCACGUUGCGCAACCAUGUACGUCUGCACACGGGUGAGCGCCCGUACAAAUGCCACGUUUGCCAGUCGGCGUACUCUCAGCUGGCGGGUCUGCGUGCCCACCAAAAGAGCGCAAGGCACCGUCCAGCCACUGGAGGCGCCUGUUCCGGAAGGCCCCUUCUCUUGGUUCAUGAUGAGCGCACCCCUCCGCCGCAUCCUGCUUCCCUAGUCCACCACAUUCCAGGCAUGGUUCUCUAA